AUGCUAGAUCGUAGUGUUGCGAUGGUUGACGGUAUGAUCGAGGAGCUUGAGGCUUUCCUGGGGGUAUCGUCCAAGAAUAAUUGCGCCAUGAAGGAUGAGAAGAAGAAGAAGGUCGAGAAGGAACAAGCUAAACAACCUGACAAAGUAAAGGAUGAGAAGAGAACAGAGAAAGGCAUCGAAAACAAAAAGACAGACAGCAAACCUGAUGAAAAGAAGAACAAAGCUGAGAAGCAAAACAAAGAGCCGAAAGCUGCUGGGGACACGAAGGCCGCACCUGCUUCAGAAGGCGAGCAGCCUGAAUUCACCAAGCUUGAGCUCAAAGUUGGAGUUCUCACCAAGACAUGGUUUCAUCCAGAUUCCGAAAAGCUUUACUGCGAAGAAAUAGAUGUUGGCGAGGAGGCACAGCGUCAGGUUGCGUCAGGGCUCAGGCAUCAUUUUUCUCUUGAGGAAUUCUGUAUGGUGAUGGCAAGCACCAGUCCUGAUGGGAAGGUUGGAGAGAGGAUUUUCAUAGAAGGAUUGACAGGAGAGCCAUUCAAUCCUAAUCAGGUCCAAAAGAAGAAAGUUUUGCAGGCUGUUUUGCCAGAUCUACAAACAAAUGACGAUUGUGUUGCUUGCUGGCAGGGCAAGCCAUUCAUGACAAGUGCUGGCCCCAUCAAGGUUAAAUCAAACAAGAAGUGUCCAAUCGGUUGA